GCAGGAUUAUAUACAUUGUCCAACAACUUCCAAGAACUGAUACAAAUCACAAUAUUUUUUUUUUUCCAAUUUUCAAUGGAUUAAUGCAGAACUUUGACGCCGCAGUUGGUAGUAUAUCGAUACUAGCCAACCGAUAUCAGCAUGCAGAAUUCACAGCGCCUUACACUGAAUCCGGACUGGUAAUGAUAGUACCCGUUCGUUCAAGAACACGAGAGAAAGCAUGGUUAUUCAUAAAGCCUUUCACAAACGCCAUGUGGGUUUUAAUAGGAGCCACAAGUAUCUACAAUGGCUUUGUUAUAUGGUUGAUAGAGAGAAACCACUGCCCUGAACUCAAAGGCUCCAUCUCAAAUCAAGUAGGAACCUUGAUUUGGUUAGCCUUCAGCACUCUUUUCUCCUUGAAUAGGAACAAGUUGAAUAGCAAUCUGUCACGGAUCACAAUGGUCGUGUGGCUGUUCAUGGCUCUAGUUAUCACACAGACUUACACUGCUAAGCUCGCCAGCUUGCUGACUCUACCACAGCUUGAACCAACUGUGGUUGAUGUUUUUGCAUUGCAAAACAGAAAUGCAACAGUUGGUUGUGCCGGAGCAUCUUAUAUUUCGAAAUAUCUGGAGGAAGUUUUGCACUUCCGUCACAACAACAUCAAGAACUUCUCCAGGGGUGAUGAGUACGCUCCAGCCCUCAGAAGAAGAGAAGUUGCAGCCCUCUUUCUUGACCUUCCUUUGGCCAAAGUGUUCCUUGCAGAAAACUGCAAAAGCUUCACUAUGACUGGACCUACAUACAGUGUUGGGGGAUUUGGAUUUGCAUUUCCAAGGGGAUCUCAGUUGCUUCCUAGUGUAACUCAAGCAAUGCUGAAGGCAUCUGAAGACGGAAUGCUACAAGACUUGGAACAAAAAAUGCUUGCGUCUCAGAAGUGCACGGACAUGGAUCAGGAGGAGGAUGAACAUCUUAGUCCUAGUCUCAGCCCCAGUUAUUUCUGGGUGUUGUUCGUUUUCACAGGAGGCACAUCCUCCAUUGCUCUUGCCAUCUACAUCUUUCGUGCUUAUAAUUCCAUGUCCAUGUCUGAACACAGUGUUAUCCAGAAGUUGAUGAUGGCUGUAAUGAAACACCGGGGGAAUCAAGGGGGGCGGUUCUCAAGAAAAGUGAGUGAUAUUGCUCAAACUACUCCUACAAAUUCUCCAAAUGUAACUAAGUACUGAUCUUCAAUCUGGUCAAAUGUAGUCAUUGUACAUAGAGGCCAUUGCCAUGAAAUUAAUUAAGGUUACCCGUUAAUUGAUGAAACUGUUUAUUCGUUUUUCUGUUGUACCUGUAGCAGUUAAGUAAAGUUCCCAAUUGACCUAAAAACCAUUUGUAGUCAGUAAGUCAACUUUCUUUUAUGUUAGAGUGUGCCACUGCUAACGGUUAAAAACCCUAACAAAUUUGAAAGAUGUAAUAACU